GGAUCUUACCCACCUGCGAUUUGGUUGCCACAGGGUACAAUGUCGGGAGGAGACCACGGUGAUUACGGUCGUGAUAAUGAGCGCGAUAGGUAUUAUGGCGGGGUACGUAGUGGAAGCUACGAUCGUGGUCGGGAGCAUUCCCGGGACUACCGUGCGGAUCGACAUCAGGAAAUGUAUAGAUCGCUAUCAAAGGUUGCAAUGGAGGAUUGCGAAGGUACUGAAGAACGUGGAGAAGGGGAAAGCUAAAGUGCAGAAGCCUGAAGACUCUGAUGAGUCGUACGCGUCGUAUGACUCUGACAAAGGUGAGGUGGAGGCUCUGAGCAAGAAGACGGGGAAUUUGAUGAGAAACGAGAAGCGGAAACGAAGCAGCGAGAAACAUGUAGGAGAUAGCCCACCAAUGGUGACUCCGACGAAACGACACGCUAAGCAAGGCGCAGUGGAACCAGUACGAUUGUCGGAGAGACUCCAGUUGAACUGCCGACAUCCGCCCAUAAAGCGCUCUCCAAAGUGGAAGACGCCACGACGUAGGACACAUAUGGGACGAAAGAUUCCAGCAACGACUGGACCAAUUGGGAAACUCAAGUACGUAACCGAGAACCUGCGAAACCUGGCUGACCUCACGAUAGAUGAACUGAAACAGAUCUAGGUUGGUGGAGGAGGUGCCGGGAUUGGAGGACACUCUGACGACAGAGUUCGUGGGCAGCCCGACAGUGGACCAGGAUCGGUGGCCAUUGGCGGAUCAGGCGGGUCGCGGCCUGCGAUGCAGCAGGCCAUGGGAGCAGGCUGUUCGCAUCCAUUGCAGCACGAGGCCCGAGUUCGUGGACUGACGAAACAGACAUCAAUCACGAGGUACACGAAGAACCCACGACAGGAGGAGAUCGAUGACUCAGCCUGCGAGUUUUUCGUCGAGAAUGUCAUCCCCUUCAAUGUCGCGAAGAGCAGGAGUUUCAAGAAGUUCCAGUUGACAUGUUACGGUCCACAGCCUGCAGUGAGCAAACCACUUGUGCCCACUGGCUACAAUCCAUUGAGGUGCUGGCUGCUCGAUCGGUUGCGCAGCAAGUUGGAGAAGGAGGAGCAAGUGAUCCGAGAUGACUGGGAGGGCAUCGUUCGCUCUGCCCCCCUUACUGCAGAUGAGCAGGAUGUUGUCCUCCAUGAUGUCGGCAAGAGGACUGACAUGCUUCUCAGCCCCAUACACGUUGUGGCACGACUGCUAGAUCCUCAGUUGAGGGACAUUGCAGUCUUCAGCGACGUUGAGCUCAUGGCGCAGUUCGACAGUGUUAUUGAGAGGCUGAUCAGCAAGAAGGGGUCGAAGAGGUUCGAUGACUGCAAGGACCAGUUGUUGGGGGAGAUAGAGGAGGUUGCGGAGGGGGACGAGGUUGAGGAUGAUGCGGGUGAGGAGGAUGAGAGUGACGAGGACGAGGACGACGUUCCUGGCGAGGAGUGGGUGGACGAGAGGUCGGACUCUGAUAGAUCGUGGACGAGGAGGGAGGAGAUCCUUCCGUAUGUGUCGGGCACACGCUUCAGUGAUCGAUUGAGAGACCAGCGUGCACAAAGGGAGCAGCAGGGGCAUCACGAGGAGGACCAUCCGUUGGAGGAGUACCUGCUGGAGCACCAGCAGGAGGAGGAGCAGUCGCAGGAGCGGCAGCAGGAGGAGCACCCUCAGGACGAGGAGAAGCACCCCCAGGACGAGGAGCAGCAGCAACAAGACGAGCAGCAGCCGCAGUGGGAGCACCAGCAGCAGGAGGAGGAGCAGCAGCAGCAGCAGGAGGAGGAGCACCAGCAGCAGGAGGGGGAGGAGCAGCAGCAGCCGAAGGGGGAGGCAGAGGAUGAGCACCAACAACAGGAGGGGGAGGAGCACCAGCAGCUAGAGCCCGAGGGCGAGCAGGGGCGGAAGCAGGUGGAUGCAUUCUACGGUCCUGGACGACCUUCACAGCUGCUCGGCCGCCAUGGAGCACAUCCCGGGACUGUAUGGGAUCCUCUUGCGUAUCGAGGUGGACGAGGUGGACGCGGUAGACGUGGCAGAGGUCACCCACCUUCUGCACGAGGGCGGCAGCCUGCCACACGCGGAAGAGGGCGCCCCAAGUUAGUAAGACCACAAGAGACACAACCAUCUUCCGAUCCUGCAGAGGAGGAGUCUGAUGAUGACUCUCGUGAGAGUGCUCCUCUGUGCAAGAGGAAGAGGCAGAGGACAGUGCCUGAUGAGGAGGAGAGAGAGACACAUUGAGAGAGAGAGAGAGAGAGAGAGAGAGAGAGAGAGAGAGAGAGAGAGAUGGAUGGGUGGACUCUUGUGUUCCUCUUUGAA